ACCCCGAUCGCUGCCAGGCAGGCUCCCCGGGGCGCGCGCGGCACAGUCAUGAACACCAACGACGCCAAGGAGUAUCUGGCCCGGAGGGAAAUCCCUCAGCUUUUCGAGAGCCUUUUGAAUGGACUGAUGUGUUCUAAGCCUGAAGACCCAGUGGAGUACUUGGAAAGCUGUUUGCAGAAAGUAAAGGAAAUGGGUGGCUGUGAUAAGGUGAAGUGGGAUACAUUUGUCAGCCAGGAAAAGAAGACCUUACCUCCGCUAAAUGGAGGCCAGUCUCGGAGAUCCUUUCUAAGAAAUGUAAUGCCUGAAAAUUCAAACUUUCCCUAUCGACGGUAUGAUCGGCUCCCUCCAAUCCACCAGUUCUCCAUAGAGAGUGACACAGAUCUCUCCGAGACUGCAGAGUUAAUUGAAGAGUACGAGGUUUUUGAUCCUACUAGACCACGACCAAAGAUCAUUCUUGUUAUAGGUGGCCCAGGAAGCGGAAAGGGUACACAAAGUUUAAAAAUUGCAGAACGUUAUGGAUUUCAGUACAUUUCAGUGGGAGAGUUAUUGAGAAAGAAGAUCCACAGUACCAGCAGCAAUAGGAAAUGGAGUCUUAUUGCCAAGAUAAUUACAAAUGGAGAAUUGGCCCCACAGGAAACAACAAUUACAGAGAUAAAACAAAAAUUGAUGCAAAUACCUGAUGAAGAGGGCAUUGUUAUUGAUGGAUUUCCAAGAGAUGUUGCCCAGGCUCUGUCUUUUGAGGACCAAAUUUGUACUCCUGACUUGGUGGUAUUCCUGGCUUGUGCCAAUCAGAGGCUCAAAGAAAGAUUGCUGAAACGUGCAGAACAGCAAGGGCGGCCUGAUGACAACCUCAAAGCUACCCAAAGGAGACUAAUAAACUUCAAGCAAAACGCUGCUCCAUUGGUUAAAUACUUCCAGGAGAAGGGGCUCAUAAUGACAUUUGACGCUGACCGAAAUGAGGAUGAGGUGUUCUAUGACAUCAGCAUGGCAGUUGACAACAAGUUAUUUCCAAACAAAGAGGCAGCAGCAGGUUCAGCUGACCUUGAUCCUUCGAUGGUAUUGGAUGCUGGAGAGAUCAUUGAUGCAGGAUCUGAUUAUGAAGAUCAGAAUAUGGAUCCCUUCACUGGUGAGAAGAAUGUGUCGGAAGGACCAGUAGUUCCAGCCCGUGUGGUGGCCCUGGGGUCUAAUGCAAUGGGAAGGCUGCGAGGAGCCCCGGAUAGAGACACACGUGGAGGACAACAGAAGGGGCACCGGCGUGAUGGGAGA